GUGAGGAAAAAAUGAAAAUGGCUAAUCAAGAAACAAACAUAUAUAGCUUAGGGGGAAAGGAAUUAGGCCCAAACUCCAAAAGCCUAUAAUUAAAACAUCCUUUCUUAUCUCCAAUUCCUUAUUCCUCCUCUUCCAAUUGUGUGAAUUGAUUAUUCGAAAAAGAUAAUCAAUAAUAACAAUAUAUAUAAUAUAAUAUGUGAUCUCUUACAUCUUCGGCCCCCUCUUUCUCUCUCCUAAAAAAUUCCUUGAUUUUCUUUCCUCUCUCUAGCUAUGAGAGAAAAAUAGAAGAGGGAGGAGGGCAGGGAAAAAAAAAAAAGUUGGGUUCUUGGCAGCUAUGAAAAACGCCAUCAGAUGCUGCAUUUCUUGCAUUCUGCCGUGCGGAUCACUCGAUGUUGUCCGAAUAGUUCACAGCAAUGGCCGCGUGGAGGAAAUCAGUGGCACUGUAAGAGCAGCAGAGAUCAUGAAGCUGCAUCCCAAGCACGUGCUGAAGAAGCCUUCCUCUUCGUCGUCGUCGUCGUCUGAUGGGGUCUGCCCGAAGAUCGUCAUUGUUCCUCCCGACGCCGAGCUCCAGCGGGGCAAGAUUUAUUUUCUGAUGCCGCUGCCGCCGGCGCCGGAGAAUAAUAGGUCGUCGAGAUCGGGUAAGAGGAGAAAGAAGGACUCCUCGUCGGAUAAUUAUAACCACCGCCACGCUGCAAAAGCCGCCGGAAAUGCGUCGUCAGUGGAAAACUUGCUCAUCUCUGACCGUUAUUUGAGCGAAAUCCUGUCGGAGAAAGUCUCCACCCACCGCGAUCGCCGGCGCGGCCGCGUCGGAAUUUGGAGGCCCCACUUGGAAAGCAUCUCCGAGACGACGACCCCAUCCGAAGCCUAAUUUAUCGAUCAAUCAGCUCCCAUCUUUUUUUUUUUUUUUUGUGUUUUUUUUUUUUAAUUCUAUCAAUCAGGUAAUUAUUCACUAGGGUUUCAAAAAUUCGUCGGCUGAUUCUCACUAGGGUUUCAAAAUUAAAAUUAGAAAUCUUGUGUUGAUUUGCUGCGAAUGAGGUUUUCGACGCCCCAUUUCUUGUUGCUUCGAUAUUUUUAUUAUUACCCUCUUCCAUUCUGUAAAUACACAUCGAUUUGGUCUGAGAUUCCUCGCCAAAGGAAUCAAUAAUUUUCCAGUAAGAAUUUGGUUACGUUUGGAUUCA